AUGUCGUCCGCUAUGCGCUCGUGGACAUGGAUUGUUCAAUCAGUCAUUUGUCUAGUGGCAUUAUGUGCACAUAAAAGUUUCGCAUACAGAGUAACUGGGGUGUCUAACUCCCUUAAUCUUAGUAUUCGGAAUCCCACGGAGCUACGCUCUUCUCUUACAGAGAAUGCAGACCUUGGAGACAGCUUUUCCUCUAAAUACCUUGUUGUUCAACCACCGUUGAAAGUGCUAUGGGAAACAAUAAGCGAGUAUGUAGUGCCUCUCUGUCAUUCAAAAUCGGAUGAUGGGAAGGCUAAGCCAGUUCCCGUUCUGCUGAGCUGCAGCGGCGGCCAGGAUUCUAUGGCGAUGUUGCAUGCUCUGGGUUUAAUAAAGCAACAUGCGGGUUCCUUCGUUAGGUCUAGUCCAUGGGGACGAAUCUUUGGAGAGAAGGGUGCGGUCGACUACGAGUUGAUACAUAUAACAUUGCGCAAACUACUUGCAAAUUUGCACGUGGUGUAUUUUGACCAUCGCGUUCGCGAUGACACCAGUAAGGACAUCGAUGUCAUUCGAUCUGCCUGUUCCGAGUAUGGUUUCAAUUUUAUUGUUGAGGUGGCUACUGCUCCAAUAGUGGCUUUGGGUAAUGGCGAGAGUUCAGGUAACUUUCAGCGUACUGCUCGUAAAUGGCGCCGUGAUGCAUAUAAGCGCCUUAUAAGUGAACUUCCGGUUAUGGAACUCGCUCAAGCGUCUGGAUAUGGUUAUGCGGACGGUGCUGAAAAUGCUCAGGUGUUUGACAGGAAUGUACUGACACGGGAGUCGGACAGCCUCUUGGAUAAACACGCCGACCGUGCGCAUUUUCAUAAGGGUAUUCGAGGCGUGGUACUCCUGGCCCAUCACGCCAACGACAAUGUAGAAACGUUUGUGUUCAAGCUAUUGCGCGGGGUGCAUGUGAGUAAUCUCAGCGGUAUUGAACGCGUCUGCUAUCUUGACGAAGACAAAGAUAUCGUUAUUGCAAGGCCAUUUCUGAGGUUGAGUAAGGCAGAAUUGCGUUCCUUUCUAGAGAACGUGGGUGGUAAAUACUGCGAAGACUCCUCCAACGCCAGUACAAAAUACCAACGUAACAGAAUUCGACAGUCUGUAGUCCCAGAGUUAUUGAAGGCGACAUCGAACGAUAGUAACGUCGAUACUUCUUUGAAGGGCCUAGACAAACGUUUUCGCACAGUUUCCGCCCAAAGUCGCGGUGUGAAGCAAUUUUUGGAUUUCGAGACGUAUAUGUUCAGUAAGUAUGUGUCUGCCAAGUACAACUUGCCCAACUGUGUCGCGCCUCCUCAAGAGCCACAUUAUGGAGUUAGCGGGCAUUCUGGAGCCAACCUGUCGCGUUUAGAGGAGGCUUACAGUACUUUUUACGAUCGCAUGUAUGCAGCCACCUAUGGGAACACCGUAUGCGAAAAGACCCGGAAAUACAUGAGGUCUUUACAGUUCCUUCGCAACCUGGGUUUCAACACGAUGGAGGUGCUGCUAUUAAGGGAGUGGUUGCUGGUUCAGAGCGAGCUCACUCGGCAGGAUAUUCUGUACAAGUUCAUUCAACGCGCAUCGGGUACCGAUUUUCAGUUGGACUACACUUUGUUGGAGCGCAUUAGCAUGGCUUGGUAUGAAAACCCCGUGUCGGAAACGCCAAAGGUGCAUUCUCUGCGCGGCGACAGGGCGAUAUGCCACCAGGGUAGUAUGAUCAAGAUAUGCAGACCAACAUCUUCUGAGAUUCCCGCGCAUGGAUGUGAAGUCUACGAUGACGGUCGUUGCAGCUUCCGUGUUUUCGACAACUUUAAUGCACGAAUAGGGCCGUACCAUCACAUGGAUUUAGGUACUGGAUUCCAUCUGAGGCUUUCCAUUCCUCAUGAAGGUGAAGGAGGUAGACCUGCGGCCUACGACAUCAGGCAGUUAAGGGAUGACGACAUAGUGCCGUGCGACACCUUGUGGAACCGCAAAGCUGCUUCGGUGCUGGCCAAAAUGAAUUUCCCUCAUAUCCUGAAGGACGAACUCCCUGUUCUGACUGUUCGAGACAGCAGUCAAGUAAUCUGCUUUUACGGCGUCAACAUUUUGGCUCCUUACUACGUGAACGCCCCUCAGCACGUCACGGUAUCAUUUGGGAAGAAAGCUGCAGCAUCACGAGGACUGACAGAUUACUACAUUAGAAUAACUGGGAAAUAA